CCAGGUACCUGUGAUCUUCAUUCGGCCAUUUUUUGUUGGGGAGCGCACGGUGGUUGCAGAAGUCCAACAUGGCACGGUUAUUUCAAACGGGAAUUUUUCUUCUUUUAGGUAUAUCUUCAACGUUAGGCUUGUAUUUCCACAUUGGUGAAACAGAGAGGAAAUGUUUCAUCGAGGAAAUUCCAGAUGAAACUAUGGUAAUUGGUAACUACAAAACGCAGCUGUAUGAUAAGAACACCAACGACUUCAUGCCCUCCAGCCCACAUAUUGGUAUGCAUGUAGAAGUCAAGGACCCAGACAACAAGGUCAUCCUAUCCAAGGUGUACAGCUCGGAGGGCCGAUUCACAUUUACGUCUCACACUCCGGGAGAACACUCCAUCUGUCUCUAUUCAAACUCCACCAAAUGGGCCAUGUUUGGUGCUAAUAACAAAAUGAGAGUUCAUCUAGACAUUGAAGUCGGUGAACAUGCCAACGAUUACAAACAGAUUGCUGAGAAGGACAAACUGACAGAACUCCAGCUACGAGUCCGACAGCUUCUUGAUCAAGUUGAACAGGUGCAAAAAGAACAAAACUACCAAAGGUAUCGUGAAGAGCGGUUCAGGCAAACCAGCGAGAACACCAACCAGCGUGUCCUGUGGUGGUCCCUUGGACAGACUGUCAUCCUGCUGGUCACAGGCUUCUGGCAAAUGAGGCAUCUCAAGGGUUUCUUUGAAGCUAAGAAACUUGUAUAGUACUUUUUGUCUUGGAUUUCUUUAGUAUUACAAGUUUAAGGUAAUGAAGGCCGGUUCAUAGUUGACAGGAAUUUCAGUGCGAAGCGAAUUCGUUAGGGUAACGGCGACCGUCACUUUAAAAAGUUCCAAUUGUUGACGUCUUAAAAAAUCGCUUCGCCUUUGCGUGAAGUAUGAACCAGCCUUGAUUCUAUCAGAGAGAUGUGAGUUUCAAUACGGGGGUUUACCCUUCACCGAUGUAAUUUUAUACUCUUAGAGGUCUGAUGAGUUUAGAAAAGCAAGCUUGUGAUUAUUUUUUUCAUCCCGGCCUCGAUGGUCAAGUGGUUAAGACGUCUGCACCAGUCAGCAGCAGGUCGUGGGUUCGAGUCCCACCCAAGCAAGCUUGUGAGAUUCUGUCUUUCAAGCUCUCAGACAUCACUGAGUGUAUAGUGCAGAAUGGUAGAACCUUAUAUUGACGUUGUAGGGAAAUAAAGGGUUUUUACAAAGCAGGAAUAUUACAACCAACAGGAAGUUGGCUUUUUGACACCAUCGGUAUAUUAUUGAUAUGGAAAGUACAUGUUAGGAAGGGGGGUAGAAAGGGCUCCACGGUUAUUUUUUGAGUGAAGUAUAAAAAUGGUGAUAAUUUCGGCGUAGAAUAUUUCUAGGAUGAGCAUCAGAAGCUGUAAUCCAAAUAUAAGGUGAAUGGUGUACUUCAAGAACUCUAAAUCCUUGCAUGAGGCCAAAGGAUUUGAAGACUUUCCAUUUGGUUUGGACAGUGAAGACUUCUGAGUGAUUCUGAGCCAGAAUGGAAGGCGAACCUUCAGUCGAAUCCCAGGUUUCAAAAAUGCCAAGGUGACUGGAUGCGCUAUCGUUACACCAAAUUUCACACUUAAAGAAACUUGUAAUUGAUGACAUGAAUACAAUACAUAAAAUGCAUCAAAACAAAGAAUGAUUUGUUGGCCGAAACAAAACAAUCAGGGGUCAUUUUAUAAUGUAUUGAUCGUCAAUACCAUUCUUACAUUUCCAGUUGUAAUAUAUAUUUGAUAAUUCCCAGGGUUCGUAGCGACUGAUUUAAAAGCUUAGAAAUUAUGCAAUAAUUUGUGUUUAAGUUUACAAGUGCUUGAAACCCCUAGGUAGAUAUUUUAAAUGUUUUAUGUGAGUGUAAAGUGCACACUUAAUUCUUGAAUCUUUCCUGUGAUAGUGGACUGUUGAAAUUUGUUGGUUGUAAAGAUUUAUCUUGCAAAUGACAAUGGUGUAGAUUUCCUGUGUCUGUGGAGUCCAGAGAUGGUGUGUUCAUAGUGUUUGAAACAUUUCUUGGGUUUAUAGAAAUUCAACUCUUUUUUCCCCACUAAGUACAAAAAUGCUUGUAUUAAAGUGGGUACAUACUUUUGGGCAUGCCUCAUUUCAAAUGCUUUUUUUCCCUUCAUUUUAGUAAUAAAACUUAAUUUAUCAGCUUUUGUUUUGUUUUUUUGAGCAGUGGUUUGGUGGUCAGAAUACUUUUCCCCAGAACUUCAAUGUUUGCAAUUACCUUUAGGUGUGUGUACUAACAUUGAAUUGUAAAUACAAAUUUGAAAAAAAAAAAAUCUGUGUCGUGUCUUAAAGUUAUUAAAACUUGAUUAAAGUUGUCAAAUUAACUUCAAUUAUUGUUACAAAGCAAAUUCAGUUGAUUGCACAACACAAAGUGUCUUUUUGAUCAAAAUUUUGGGUGAUGGUGAACAGUGUGACUAGGAACACGUUGUUCGGAUUGAUUACAAAAUGCGUAUUUUUUUUUGCUAUUUAAUCAGUUUCCCUAGUUUUUGCCUCUGAAGAAGUCUUUGCUAAAGACGAAAUAUAUCAGACCUCUCCAACUUUUGAACUGUUUAUUGCAGGUCAGUCCAGUCAGUGAGCAGUUUGCAGCAGCUAAAUUAUUUGUCAUUUUUGAGUUUUUCCCAGCUGAUAUUUCUUCCCUUGCCAUUUCCUAUUUAAAAGUCUUGUAAUGUAAUCUAGCAAGUAUUGUGGAUUGCACCAUGAAAUGCUGGGUACAAUCACUUUGAAGCACCGAGUAUAAUUUGUACACACUCUUCAUCAAGUACUGUUGUAGCAACAGUGAAAUGCCACUGUCUAAUGCAGCCAACAAUAUAACUUCCUUGUUACUUUUGUGUCCUUUUUUGGGUUGGGUCAUGGUUUGUUUUUAAAUUUCAAAAUUCAUUCACAAAUUCUACCAGUUAUUUCCCAACUGUAAGAUAUGUAAUUUUUGUAUAAGGUUUUGGUCAUAACACAUGUCAAAUCGGUUGAAAUCAUUCAAAAUUUCAUAUUUUCCACAAACUACUCUGUCACUUGAAAGAAAAAAUUGCUUUCAAGCCAAAUAGAUUUUCUUUGGAAAAAAAAAUUGGCACAGCCAUACUUGAUAAAUAUUCCAUGUCACAAACUUGGCGUUUGUACAUGCAUUUCACAAGAGUAAAUAUGGAAUUCACUUUUUUUCCAUCCAAAUGUGCUCCAUUUCUUUUACAAUGUACUUGUGUGUGCAUUGUUAGGUGUACAUGUAUUAAUCUCUAGUAUGUUACGAAGCAUACACUAGACAAACGUUUCUUCGGUUGCAGCGAUUCGUUUUAAUGAAUAUUGUGUUACAGUCAAAUGUGUAUGCAAUAAAAUUUGGUUAAAUGUGUUAAUAA